GUGGGCUCAUACUCCGAAUGAACGCCGAGCCCACAGCAGGCGGGGAAGCCGAAGACCCUCCAAACUCGGUUGUCGCGGCCGUGACGUCCUUCCAAGGCGCAGGCCAACACGACGGUAGAGGCAUCGACCUGGCGAUGUUUCCCGUGUGGCUUCCAUCCGAGUCCUUUCUCGACGAGCUGCUCCGCGCUAGCGCCGUCAUCGACGAUAUUCCACUUGCACUUGACGAGACGACGGUUGACGACGUCGUCCAUGGAAUCGCAUUUAGUGCCGAAAGCUCCUUCGACGACGACGACCUAUCUCUGCGACGAGGCACGCUCCGAUUUUGCCUCCAAGACGGAUGUCGGCGCUACGCCCAAAUGAACCAGCUCUGCUACCGCCACGGAGGGCGGCGCACGUGCCAAAUCGAAGGCUGCGGCAAGAAAGAUCGCGGCAACGGCCGCUGUGUGCGUCACGGUGGCGGCGAGCAGUGUCUUGCGCCAGGGUGUAGUCGCCACGCCCGCGCUCGCCGCUAUUGCUAUCGACACCGCGCGUUCGCCAACGACGAUUGAUUCGCAGCUGAGACGCCAUCCGGCAUGUAAUUAGUGUAACUCCAUACUACGUUCAAAACUGCGU